UUUCAAUAAAGCGAAACCACAAUUGAAAUCAUGUUUUGCUAAUAACGUGUUCCUGUAUCACUUACAUUUUGUUCAGUAUGAAGGGAUUUUAUACGGCUUGUCAAACACUUAAACUGCGGUUUUGUGUCGCGGAAAGUGGAGCUGUUUUUUUGUGGACAGAUGGAGGCCGACUGGCUCGUUUCAUGCAGAGAAGACAUUUCUUCGCUGUUCCCUCCAGAGACUCUGAACCUGAACGCCAAACACGAAGCGUUAAAGGGACAGUUUUCCGCCGUCCGGAAAGUGCGCGGUGAUGGGAACUGCUUCUACAGAGCCUUCAGCUUUGCGCUGCUGGAGUCAGCGCUGCGCAGCGCCAGGGAUUUGCAGAGAUUCAAAGACAAGAUAAUGCAGAGCACCAGAGCUUUGGAUUCAGCGGGAUUCGAUGAGGGUUCCUUCAAAGACCACCUGAAUACUGUUGUAAAUGUUGUGGAGCGGUGCCAGGCUGAUGAGGCGGAAGCCUCUCUUCUCAGGCUCUUCAACGAGCAGCUGGUCUCUGACAGCGUGGUGCAGUAUCUCAGGCUGCUCACUUCAGCGCACCUCCAAGUCCACGCAGACUUCUUUUGCAACUUCGUAGAGGCGCCUGAUUUACAAGUCUACUGUCGUCAGGAAGUGGAAGUGAUGGCGAUGGAGUGUGAUCACGUGGACAUCUUGGCCUUGUUGCAGGCCUUGGACAUUGGCAUUCACAUCGUCUCUAUGGAGGGUGAUGAACGGAAGCUGGUUCACCACAUCAUUCCAGAUGGCGCUGAGCCUUCCCUGCAUCUUCUUUACCAAACCUCACAUUACAACAUUCUCUACCCACGACCUCAUCUCUGACCAGCGGUCCACCAGGAUCCUGAUCAACUCAGGAACACUUGACUGGUUGAAUAAACUCCUGCUUUCAUGCCGUCUCGACAAGCAUGGGAAUUGUUUUUAGUAUUUUCCAGGUAUAUAGGUAUUGAAUGUAAUAAUAAUAAAAGAAUGUGGAAAAAAAAAUUCU